UGGAUAUUUUUUAAAAAAAAAAAAUAUCGAUACUUUGGAAUCAUUUUUGAAAAUUCAUCGGUAUUGAAAAUCGAAGAGAAAAAAGAAAGAAAGCAACCACUUAUAUCCAUCCACGUUUCUUCGAUCGAAAAUUAUAAAAUGCAGUUUCUGGAAUUUAUCUUUGAAAAUUUGAUGAAAGGGAAAAAGAGAAAGGAAUAUUUAAAAAGGAUACAUCUAAUAUUUUAUUGUCGGCUAAAACUCGCAAAUGGAAAUUCUUUCGGAUAUUUUGUGAGAAUAUUAUACGAAGAAAUUGUAAGAUUCUUCUUCUGAGAUUACAAAGAUCUAUGUAACGUUCAAAUGAGACAUAUCUUGACAAUAUCUUGGAGAUGUGACAAAAAGUGUCCCAAGAAAUUGAAAGGGCAGACGUAUGAAAAAGAGCGGAGAGACGAUUUCCGAUACUUCUUUGGAACUUUCGAACAUGUUAGCUUCGUAUAACUCGUAUUCCUUUCAUAUUUUGAUCUUGAAAAUACAGUAAAAGAGUCCCAGAAAUUGAAGAGGCAUACACACAAAAAUAUAUACACAUAUAUAUUUUCAAAUAAUUCAGAAAAAUAUUAUAGAAUUCGAAAAAUAAAAAAAAUCUCCUUUCCUCUCCGAUCGCAGAAAGACAGACACCAGCGUUCAACCCUCGUCGAAGAAGCACAAGCGCCCUCGGUGUCCGACCAAGGCAAACAAUCUCGUCGAGAAACUUUUCCCUCCAACGCGCAUACAUCGUCGAACAGGAGCCAGAAAGAGUUCCCUCCUUCUUCGAAAGUCGCUUCCACGACAAUUUCUUUUCCUUUUUUUUUUAUACAUCGAAAAUUCAUUCUUCCCUUGGUAACAGCAUCAAAUUCUGCUUAGAAACAGGUGGUUCUAACGCGGUUGGUUGGCGAGGCAAAAUGAAGAGGGAGGGAGAAAAAAGGGGGAUGGAAACGCGAUGUUCGUUUUUCGAGUCGCUCGAAGGGGGCAGCUUUCCAUUUAUCGGCGGAGUUUAACGGCGAGAGGGAACGCUCUUCGAAGUUGAAGGCAAGAGCAUGACGAGCCGGAAAACACGGUGGAUAAUCCGUCUGGAAUUUCCUCGGAUGAAUGACGAACUUAUGACGAGCAGGUUGGAGAAAGUUUUUAGCCAUCCCCUCGUCGUCUCUUCACCAAGGAGCCAAUACGUCUCGCCUCGAUGGAGGAUAUUGUGCUCGACUGUUGGAGGAAGUUGGCUGUUUCUCCCGAACGAACGAGUAUAGGAUUAAUUAAUAGCGAUCGAAGAAAUGAAAAGUUGGAGAAUCACAGAUCAGUCGCAAUGGAGAUCAGAAAGGUGUACGUGAAGACUCGUGCCGAAUUUGGCAAGCAAUGCAUCUUCAGCAUUCGGGAGCCGACGAUGGACGCCGAGAUAUCGCCGAAGCCGUCCGAGAUGAACGCCUUCAUCUUGAAGAGCGAGUGCAACAUCGGCGUGCAACAUUCCGCCCAAUUCGCGUUGCAUCAGAUUCAAACGGACGUGAAGUUGACGAAGAACACGGGGAUGUUUCACUUCGAGGGCGGAUGGCCGAAGGAUAUCAACCCGAGGGACGAGGAGACCACGUCGAGAUUUCGAAGAAGGGUUGAGAAGGACGACAAUUGGGCACCGAAACUGCUUCCCAUGUUCGAGGUCAUGGAGCACGCUAUUCUUCAGAACGGUACAGUGAACAUUCAUCAGCAUUAUUUCGACGAUAUGAUACCAACACCUUUGGCGCAGACCUACAGCUUCAGAACCGUGAACGUGUACAGAGAUCCAGAUAUACCGAGGAGGCCUGUGACGAAUAUUUCUUGGUCCGCUGAUACGUCGAACAGAUUGGCGGUAUCGUAUUGUUUCUUGACCUACGGGAGGGACAUAGAUUACAGUAAAACGGUGUACAUCUGGCACGUCGAGAAUCCCACCGAGCCUUACAUGGGCCUGGAGCCUUUGUCCCCGUGCGUCUGUUGCGAGUACAGUCCAAGGGAUCUCUCCAUACUUGCCAGCAGUCAUAUAUCAGGCCAAGUCAACAGCUGGGACACCAGAACCGGGAACAAGCCUGUUCAAAGCUCUCAUCCGCGAUACAGUCACAGGGACGUAGCGAACAAAGUGAAAUGGAUACCGUCCAAGACCAACACGGAAUUCUUCUCCACGUCGUACGACGGUUGCGCGAUGUGGUGGGACACGCGCUCCCUGAAGCAACCCACCGAAGUUCUGAUACUCGAUCUCGAGGAUCCGAACCAUCCUCAAAUAAACAGGGCGAUCGGCAUCUCGAGCGUGAAUUACUUGGCUAUGGUAGGGACCAAGUUUAUGUUCGGUUUGGACAACGGUAUUAUCAUAUCCGGGUCGAGGAAAGCGAGGACUAGCGCUGAGAAGCUCGCGGUCAGAUUCGACGCUCACACCGAGCAGGUGAAAGCCGUCGAUCGAAGCACCUUCACGCCGUCCCUAUUCCUGUCCGUGGGCGAUUGGAGGGUACGGAUAUGGAUGGAAGACACGAGGGAAGAGGGCCUGAUUUCCACUCGUUUCCAGGUUCAUCCAACGGACGGGUGUUGGAGCAAGACCAGGUCCUCCUGUUUCUACGUGACGACCGACGACGGGAAGAUGAUAGUGUACGACAUUCUGCAAUCCAUUCGACAUCCGAUUUUUGAACUGCAGUUAAGCCACAAUAAGCUCAAUUGCAUCGUGCCUUCCGAAGAAGAGCCAGUUGUCGCUAUUGGAAGUUAUACAGGAAACGUAUACCUCGUCGAGCCCGGCGAAUUCUUUACCACGUUCAGCAGAAGGGACAGGAGUUUCUUCUCGGAAUAUUUGGAGAGGUGUUCGAAAUUGACAAAGGGGGUGGAUAUACGAUUAAAAGAAAUCAAAUUGAUGCUGGCGGUUAAAGAGGAGUACGAGGAGGAGGAGAAAAAGAAGAAGGAAAAAGUUAAGAGGAAGGAGACGAGAAUAACUCAGGAGAAGAACGCGAAAAUGAUCAAAGAGAGGGAGAAGGUUACCAAGGACAGGAAAAAGAUACGGGACUCCGAUGCCCCGGAAAUUGUAGACGCUGAGAAAAAAUAUUUUGAGAUUGUGGAGAAAGAAAUGGAGCAGUACAUGGACGAUGAUCCUGACAUCAUCCCGUUCGUUGUGUCGACGCAAGUGAAGAAAGCUGACAAGAGGCGGAAACCGUCUGAACCUGUGAUCGACGUCGCUGAAAAAUCGGAAAUAUCGAAACGAGAGAUAUCCAAGUCUCGAAAGGAGAAGCUGAUGAAGAAGACAAUGAAGAAGAAGCCGGUGUCCGUGAUGAAAGUACCUUCCAAAGUGACCGAUGUGAUGAUCAAGAAGGAGUUGGAGAAGAUAAUACCCGAGAAGCACGAGAAGAAGAUGGAGAAGGUGAAAGCGAAGACAGUGAAACUGAAAUUGCCGGAUCCAUGCAAGGACGUGAUUUGCAAGCCGAAAGUGUGCUGUUUGAAACGGGGGAUGAGGGUGAGGAGGAAAAAGAGGAAGGAGGAAACCGAGGCUGCUAAAUGGAAGCGCGAGAGGGAAAAGUUGAUUAUUAUGAAGAUACAGGCACCGCCCAUGGAGUUGAAAGAAGAUGUGAUGAGAGCCAAGGCGGAGAUCAAAUUGGCUCAAAUGAAGAGAAAGCAUCCUAAGAUAACCUACCGGAAGAAGAGGAAAGUCCCAAAGUUGAAGGUGAUCAGGAAGGAAGAGGUGGAGGAAGUAGUGGAGGAGGAGGAGGUGGACGAGGAGUUGCCGGAAAAAUUAUUGAAGAAAAUAAAGAAAAAGGUGAAGCUAGCCGCUCGGCACCCUUGCUUCCCCGUCAUGGGUAAAACCGCCGAGGAAUUGUACGAGGAUAUUAUCGGUAUUCGUUUCCCCGACGUUCCCGAGAAAGCGGCGAGUGAGGAUUCUAUAGUCGAGUAUUUACGCGCGAAGAAGAGAAUUUAUCCACGAAUCUCGGAAUUCUUCGGCAAUACCGAAUAAAUUGAACGUUCGUUCGAACCCGUUCGUGGAAAAAUAUCAAGCAACACGGGAGGGGCAGAGAAGAAGAAGAAGAAGAAGAAGAAGAAGAAGAAGAAGAAAGAAGAGGAAGAAAGAUAAUCGUGGAAUUUUUUCCAAAACGAUCAUCCACGAUGGAAGGUUAGAUUAGACAUUAGACGUGAGUCAGUAAUUUUAAGUUUUAGAUUUAAUCUUUAAUAAUAGACGAUUGUGAAAAACGAUGUAGAUUUCCAUUUAACGAUUUCACCUAGCUACAUUAGAUGGUUUGCAGCUCGUUAAUAAACCGUGUAAUUUAAAGCCACGGUUUCUUUUGUAACCGUGUAAUUUAUUUUGCCCUGUGUGGAACCCGCGCCAACCCCGGGUCCCACUUUGCCAGAUAUUUAUCGCGUUACGUUUUGUUCCUCAAGAAUUUGAAUUAAAUUCCUCGCGAUUUCACUCCCCCCCCCUCUCCCAUCAUCCCCUCCCUCCCUUCCCCUCGGUGUAAACGCAUUAAAAAUUGCGGGAGAACGUGUAGGAGGGGAUAAUUUUGUACUUUUGUUUACUUUCGAACGUUGCACCAUCAUCGAUAGUUAUCGAUAGAGACAAUUACGUUAUCGAUAGAGACGAUCGAUAAUUAAGGGACGAACGACAUGUUAGAUUUACAUGUAUAUAAUUGUUAGAAUUAUAUUAUAACUGUAUCCGUCGGCUUGCACAAAAUAAAAUUAAAAGAAAAAAAAAAAGAAAUUGGACACGAUUGUUUGUAUCUUACGUUAAUAAGUUAGAUUUCUUUUUAAAAAUUGAUAAAUAUAUUUCUCGGUUUUUUUCUCUUUUUUUUUGAUAAAGAAUAAUUUUUAGAUAAUCUGUACUGGGUACAAUUGUAUUUUCAUUAACUCUUAAGUCACUUCAAUCGAAUCUAAUUGAGAUUGUAAUCGAUGAUAAAAGUUGGUCGUAAACUAAAUUUCAAUCGGAUAAAAUGUACGAUUCGAAGAUGAUUAAUUCGAUUGGUUCGGUUUAAAAGAUAGCGUUUCAAAUCAAGUUACAUAAAUCCAAUCGUUUACAUCAUUGAAAUUUAAUUUUACACAGACGAUUUUGAAUCAGAUUAAUUUGAUUGAUACAAAAUUUUAACGAACACUGUUCCAUAUUACGUUAAAAUCGUACAUUAUUUGGAAAUCAGUUUAACAUCACAAAAUCUCAAUCUCAAAAGAUUAUCAGAUUACCUGACACUGAUGCAUAAAUACCAUGAAACAUCAACCAAGAUGUCACGUUGAUUGCUUGAUCAACAAGAUCUUGAAUCCCAUUAUACAUCUUGGUAUCUUUACUGGAUUAUAUUUGAACAUGUUCAUAAAAUGCUCUCCGAUCAAAUAGCAAAAAUUGUUACAGAAUUCAUUCGAAUUUCAUCGAAAAUUAAUCAGAACUCAGAAAUUCUAAGAAUAUUAAGAAUAUUAAAGAAAUUCUAAGAAUAUUAAUCGAAACAUAAAGAUUAUCAAUAGCAAAGUAAGAUUGUCGCGAAGCUGAAGGGGACGAUUUUUAGAAAUUCAUAGAGUGAUAAAUUCGAGCAGGGAGAGCACCUAACAAUCGAACACUGGUUCCGGCCAGCAACGCAAGAAGACCGGUUUCCCGUCCUCGUCCGCAGCCGCGUCCAGAUCAACUUCCGGAAUACCAGAGUAACUUGCAUACAAAGACAGGGUUCCGUGUUCGGUCUGUGGAGAGUAGGUACGCUUGUGUGUCGGUGGGAAUGCACGAUCGAAGCCACUUCGAGUUAGCUUUAAAUUCACUUUACAACUUGAUACCGUGAUUCGAAAGUUUAGAAUGAAAUUCAAU